AUGGACACAAUCUUCCUCGAUCCGGAAUACAUCCCGGGAACGGUCCAAAUCAUCGGACAGCAUGACGACGACUCGAUGCUGAUCAAGGACGAAAAGGGAACGGUGCUGCUUCCCCAACCCACCUCGUCGCCAAACGACCCGCUCAAAUGGUCGUGGAGCAGAAAACUCUGGCACACUCUCUUGGUGUGUUUCAUCACCGGAUUCACAGCAGCCACCUCCAACGACUCCGGAGCAGCGUCGGACGGACUGCUGGAAGAACUGGGAGUCGGAUACGACGUGCAAAACACUGCCGCCGGCGUGCUGUUUUUGGGCAUCGGCUACUGGUGUCUUUUCAUCUCCCCUCUGGGCUCCCUGUACGGCCGACGACUGCCCUAUCUGCUGGGCUGCAUUCUGGGUCUCAUUGGCGCCCUUUGGUUUGGGCGAAUCAAAAACGUCGGCGAUCUCAUCUGCUCACAGCUGUUUGUGGGAGCCUCAGAGGCCGUGGCCGAGGCGUACUCCCAGGUUUCUCUGAUUGACAUCUUUCACGACCACCAGUCUGGUUCCGCCAUCGGUAUCUACGUGUUUGCCACAUCCAUCGGAACCUUUCUGGGGCCCCUGAUUGCCGGGUACAUCCAGAUUGGCCAGAGCUGGCGAUGGGUCGGUUGGUGGGCGCUCAUCAUCGGAGGAGGCAUGACACUGUGUUUCUGGUUUGGCUUUGAGGAGUCGUACUUCCCCCGGAACCUGGUGACCGCGUCGGAACGAGGCCAGACGACUCUGGAUGACACAAACGAGGCGCCCCUCGGGGCUAAGGGCUCAGAAAAACUCGACUCCAAAGACGACUCCAUUCCCGACCGCGCCUCGUCCGGAGAGGGAUCGCUCUACGAAGUGCGAAGCGCUAUCCACCCGGCAGCCACCACCGAAUCUACUAACGUGCAAACCAACCCCAAGGUGAUUGGCUGGAGAGACACCCAACGGUCGUUCCGACAACGCAUCCAAAUCAUCACCCCAGCCCCCAACCUCAAGGGCUGGGGCAUCAAACAGUACUUCCAGCGAUUGUGGACCACCAUGAAGGUCUUUGGAUACCCGGCAGUCAUCUACUCGGGUCUCCAAUGGGGAGCCCAAGACGCCUGGCUCUCCUUCUACCUCACAACCCAGGAAGACACCUACGGAGAGCCUCCUUAUAACUACUCUCCAACCAGAAUUGCCGUCAUGAAAGUGCCGCUCAUCAUCGGAGCGUCCAUCGGCUGUUUCUACGGAGGCUACCUCUCCGACAAGUUUGUGCACUGGAUGGCGUCGCGACCGGCCCGGAACGGAAUCCGAGAAGCCGAAGACCGACUCUGGAUGAUGCUACUCAACUGUAUCAUCUCCCCGCUCGGCAUGUACCUGUUCGGAAUCGGCACUGGCGAGAUGUGGAGCUGGCCCGUUGUCUAUGUGGGCCUGGGCUUCAUUGGAUUUGGCUGGGGCUGUGCUGGAGAUAUGUCCAUGUCCUACCUGGUCGAUGCCUACCCGGAAAUGGUCCUGGAAGGCAUGGUUGGAGUGUCUGUCAUCAACAACUCCAUGGGCAGCAUUUUCACCUUUGUGUGCGACAUGUGGAUGGACGCCCAGGGCAUCACAGACACCUACAUCACCACCGGCUCCAUUUGUGCAGGCAUUUUGUUUCUUACCAUCCCGAUGAUCAUUUUCGGCAAGUAUUUCAGAAAGAAGACCACCAAGCAGUAUCUGGCAUUUUUGAGGGAGCGAGAUUCGUUGGAUGAGUAA